AAACAAACUGGAUCGACGUAGGCUACGCAACAACAACAUUUGCAAGCAUCCAGUAGGACAGUGUGAUGGAUUUGGACACACCUGGAGGGGGUCUUGACGAGGAUGUGGCAACUCAACUGAUGAUCGAGCAGAGUCUCCAGCAGCGCCGCAAACAAGCGGAGGCCAGGAGCUCUUUCUCCGGUGAAUCCUGCAGGGUCAUUCCGAUCACCCCUGAGAGAGAGAAGAUAUUCAAUGCAAUAAAGCAUGGUGAUGAAAAGUCCCUCCGUAAACUGACUGUCCAUCAGCAAGCUAUCUCUGAAGAAGACGACACAGGCUACAUCCCCUUACACGAGGCCGCCAUACAGAACAACCAGAACAUCCUUGAGAUCACAUUUACCGCGUCUCCUGAGGAUGCCAAGCACAGAAAGACUCGUCAGGGUAAGACGGCUCUCUUCUUAGCGGUGGAGAAAGGUCUUUUGGACAACGCUUGUUUCCUGCUGGACCACGGCAGCAGUCCAGACACCCUGGAUAAAGAGGAAGACUCGCCUCUUGUUGUAGCCAUAAGGAACAACCACUACGACAUGACGAAGCUCCUGCUAAACUUCAGUGCCAGAGUUAACCAGGAGGGGGCGAACCGCAGGACGGCCCUGCAUGAAGCCUCCCGGCUCGGCCUGAUGGAUUUCGUGGAUCUGCUGUUGAAGUUCGGAGCUCAUCCCGACCCCAGAAGCUCCUACGGCCUGACGCCGUUAGCAUUAGCUGCACAGGCCGGACACCUGGAGAUCAUCCGAACACUUCUCCGGAGAGGUGCUGAUGUGGAGUCUCAGGCUCAGGAUUGUGCAACAAUACUGUUUGAGGCGUCUGCUUCAGGAAACCCUGACGUCAUCUCCUUACUGCUGGAGUACGGCGCUGAUGCCAACAUCCCCAAACGCACGGGACACCUGCCCAUCCACAGAGUGGCCCACCACGGACACGGGAAGGCUCUGGCUCUGCUGAUUCCCGUGACAUCGUGGGAUGCAGUGGAUGACAGUGGGAUCAGUCCUCUUCACUCGGCGGCGGCGGGUGGACACACUCAGUGUCUGGAGAUGCUGCUAAACGCUCAUUACGACCCCAACUUCAUGCUGCACCCAUGGGUGCGUCGCAGCUAUGACGACAAGCGUCAAUCCGCGCUCUACUUCGCCGUCUCCAAUGACGACGUCGCCUCCACCCAAGUGCUGCUGGAGGGCGGAGCGAUGCCCAACCAGGACCCCGUCAAGUGCCUGCAGGUGGCGCUGCGGCUGGGAAACUACGAGCUGAUCAACCUGCUGCUUCGCUACGGAUCCAACGUCAAUUACUACUGCAGAGUGAACACCACGCACUUCCCGUCGGCCUUACAGUACGCGCUGAAGGACGAGGUGGUGCUGCGGAUGCUGUGUAACUACGGCUAUGACGUGGAGCGAUGCUUUGACUGUCCAUAUGGGGAGGGAUCGCAUGUCCCGCAGGGUUACGAGGGCUGGAGUGACACCGUCAUUAAAGACACGCAGUUCUGUGAGGUCAUCUCUGUCUCGUGGCUCAAGCAUCUCUCGGGAAACAUGGUCCACAUCAUGUUGGAUUACGUCGAUCAUGUGACCUUUUGCUCCAAACUGAAGGCUGCGCUCAUGGAGCAGAAACAGUGGCCUGAAAUCUGCAAAAUUCAAGAGAGCGUCCGCUGUCUGCAGCAUCUCUGUCGGCUGAAGAUCAGGGCUUGUUUGGGCCGGUUGCGUUUGAGAGCUCCAAUCUUCAUGAGCUUCCUUCCAUUACCAGACCGACUGAAGCAAUACAUCAUAUACAAAGAAUAUGAUCUCUACGCUCAGAAAUGCCAAACGCAAAGCAAAUAAACCAGAACACACACCUGUAGAAACACACAAUUACAGCUCAACGCAAGUGUAAUGGACACUCCAUGACAGACGUCUUGUCCAGAAUUAUGUGCAUAUUCUUUAAAUACAGUUAAUAUGAAAUAUGAAAAGAGUCUUAACGUUAACGAAUAUGUAUAGAACUCAAUAAUUUGUUCAAAUAAAUAAAUAAAUAUUUGUUUUAAUAAAAAUA